CAGUGGCAGGAGCGCCGCGCACCGCCAGCCGCGGGGGGCGUGGGAUGGGGGAGGCCGGGGAGGGGGGCGCCCGCACCGACUAGCGCCAACCGCACACUUCAAAAGGGUGUCGGGCUGCGCUCCCCUCCCGCGCCCCGGGAACUUCAAAGCGACCCGUGCUGCCCCGGCUGCCUCGCUGCGCUCGGGGGCCUCGCAGCCCCGGCGUGGCCGCCUGGUGGCCAUGACCCGGGCGCUCCGCUCCGCGCUCCGCCAGGCUCUCCUGCUGCUCGCCGCGGCCGCCGAGCUCUCGGCAGGACUGAAGUGUGUAUGUCUUUUGUGUGAUUCUUCAAACUUUACCUGCCAAACAGAAGGAGCAUGUUGGGCAUCAGUUAUGCUAACCAAUGGAAAAGAACAGGUGAUCAAAUCCUGUGUCUCCCUCCCAGAAUUAAAUGCUCAAGUCUUCUGUCAUAGUUCCAAUAAUGUUACCAAAACUGAAUGCUGUUUCACAGAUUUUUGCAACAACAUUACACUGCACCUUCCAACAGCAUCACCAAAUGCUCCAAAACUUGGACCCAUGGAACUGGCUGUUGUUAUCACUGUGCCUGUUUGCCUCCUGUCCAUAGCUGCCAUGCUGACAAUAUGGGUGUGCCAAGGUCGAUGGUGCACCUACAGGAAGAAAAAGAGACCAAAUGUGGAGGAGCCACUCUCUGAGUGCAAUCUGGUAAACGCUGGAAAAACCCUUAAAGACCUGAUUUAUGAUGUGACUGCCUCUGGUUCUGGCUCUGGUCUACCUCUGUUGGUUCAAAGAACAAUUGCAAGGACGAUCAUACUUCAGGAAAUAGUAGGCAAAGGUAGAUUUGGUGAGGUGUGGCAUGGAAGAUGGUGUGGGGAAGACGUGGCUGUGAAAAUAUUCUCCUCCAGAGACGAAAGAUCGUGGUUUCGCGAGGCAGAGAUUUAUCAGACGGUCAUGCUGCGACAUGAAAACAUCCUUGGUUUCAUUGCCGCUGACAACAAAGAUAAUGGAACUUGGACUCAACUUUGGCUUGUAUCUGAGUAUCAUGAACAGGGCUCCUUAUAUGACUAUUUGAACAGAAAUAUAGUGACAGUGGCUGGAAUGGUCAAACUGGCACUUUCAAUAGCUAGUGGUCUAGCUCACCUUCAUAUGGAGAUUGUUGGUACACAAGGCAAACCUGCUAUUGCUCAUCGAGAUAUAAAAUCAAAGAAUAUUUUAGUGAAAAAAUGUGAAACUUGUGCCAUAGCAGAUUUGGGGUUGGCUGUGAAGCACGAUUCAAUACUGAACACUAUCGACAUACCUCAGAAUCCUAAAGUGGGAACCAAGAGGUAUAUGGCUCCUGAAAUACUUGAUGACACAAUGAAUGUGAAUAUCUUUGACUCCUUCAAACGAGCUGACAUCUAUUCUGUUGGUCUGGUUUACUGGGAAAUAGCCCGUAGGUGUUCAGUUGGAGGAAUUGUUGAGGAGUACCAGUUGCCUUAUUAUGACAUGGUGCCUUCAGAUCCCUCAAUAGAGGAAAUGAGGAAGGUUGUUUGUGACCAGAAGUUCCGACCAAGUAUCCCAAACCAGUGGCAAAGCUGUGAAGCACUCCGCAUCAUGGGGCGAGUAAUGCGUGAGUGUUGGUAUGCCAACGGGGCAGCCCGCCUGACUGCCCUUCGUGUUAAGAAGACUAUUUCUCAACUUUGUGUCAAAGAAGACUGCAAAGCCUGAUGAUGACGAUUCUGUUAAAAAGAAAUCUCUCACAGUUUUCUCUCCCAUUCCCCUCUUUAUGUGAAUGUUUUGCCGUUUUUUUGUUGUUGUUCUACCUCAAAGAUAAUGCAGUACAGUAUUUAAGUGCCCAUAGGCAGCAUGAAAAGAUAACUCUAAAGUUAAGCAUGAGCAGGAGUUGACUUCAUCCAGUCUCCAUGUUGUGUUUAAUUUUAUUUUGAAAAGCAACACAUUAACUCAUCUUUUUAUUUAAUAAGAAAGAACGAUAUUAUGAAAGUGUAAAAUAAGCUGUGUAAAAAUAAUAAAGUCGCUAAGGUUUUAUUUUACUUGAACCAAGAGCACAUGAAUGAAUAAAAAAAUGUAAAAACCUUCUUUUUUCUGAGAUGAGAACAUAUUCAUGAAUGUGAACCAGAGCAUGUUAUAUCAAAACAGAACUUUAGGUCAUGCAAUCUAUGGUUUUCCCUUUUUAAAUUAGCAGGACCUUUUUUAAAAAAUAAAUAUUGUUCUGAAUUCUAAUAUAUAAAACAUGUGAAAGGGGAACUGCUCGGUGGAAGAUGGGAGGUCAGAGUCCCACUUGCUUGGUCCCACCUCCCCCUACUGUUCAUAAUUCACUGCUCCAGCAGUCCCUGAGGCAGAUAGUUUGAAAGCCACUAACCUUAACUUCCUCCUAUUUACAAAAGAGACACUUGAUAUGCUGGGACACUGGGAAAUGUCCCAAAGUCAUACAGCUAAUGGCAGAGCCGGUACUAGGUCCAAAUCUUAGGAUAAUCAACACUGUAGAGUUAGCUAGCCUCCUACUUUCCCUUGAAUUCCUGUAGUACUUUCUCCUUAUGAAGAAACAUCUUUUGUUAUGAUAUUUGUAGUUUAGUCAUUCAGAAGUCACACUGAGUUAUUUUGCAGAAUGACAAUGGACCUGUAUGAGAUCUCAGACUCAUAUCUAUUGACAUUUUUCUCAUAGAAAUAUCAGUUACUCCACUUGUUAAUGAGUGUUAAUGUUUUCUAAACACCUCCACAGACAUCCAUUAUCUGAAGAUGUCUUUAAGAUGUAAUUCGAGGUCCCUAUUACUUUUGCACAUACACAUUUAGAAAGAAAAGGACAGAAAAGGAACAGGAAGCAAGGAAAUAUUUUGAGGAAAAUGAAAACUCUUCAAUGAACUGUAACACCAAACCCUACAAAGGGUAUUAGCAACAGUAAACAGAUAUUUCUCUACCCUUUCAAAAAGAGCAAGUUGGUGCAGAAGGAUGUUCAUGAUGGUUUUGCCUUCAUUCUACUUUCUGUGGAGACAGAGUGAUGAAUAUUUAAUGGGACAUUAAAUAUGUCCAUCAAAUCUAUAAUACUGCUUUGGUGAAAGAGAUUUAACCAAAUCUUUUAUUGUUCUAAAACAUUUUUUCCCAAACUCUGUUCCUUAGAACAUUCUCCUGCUGAGAUGAUCCAAGACCAAAAGUAUUCUUUGAUAGCUUCUUAGAAAGUAAUACUGCACAUUAGCUUAUAACGUACUUUGAGGAGUAAAGUAAAUGUUA